UUUGACAGUUUAUGAAACCGCUUGGCGUUGUAAUUUCUGCAACUGUUUAUUAUGGUUUUGUUAGAAGUUUUAUUUUGUAGCUGAAGAAAGAUGUCUCAAAACAAAACUAACGAAGUGAAUGAUACUAUUUGCAAAAUGGUCAACUAUAUGACAGCAUCAGUAAACACAUUGGUGGACGUUUCUAAAGAGCCUGCGAAGAAUGAUACGAUUCCCAUUAUUGAUAAAACUCCACUGAAAAGACCUGCUUCGAAUAUGAUGAAUGAUGAUGAAGUGAUGACUCCUAAAAAAUUCCGGGGUGACUUGAAAAUGGAUUUCGAAUACCUGGGAUCUCCUCGUGAAAUGAGAAGGCUCCGUUCUGAUGUGUUAGAAGCCAGAAAUACAAUCCUCAAUUUGGAAAACAGAAUAAGUCAGAUGCACAAUUUAAGGAAGGAAAUGCAAGUUAUUUUUGAUAAUGAAAAUCAAACUUUGAAAAAACAACAGGAAGUGGAUAGAAAAACAAUCAUGGAGCUGGAGAAUAAACUACAACAAGUUCGAAGAAGGGAACAAGAAUUAAAACAAGAAUUUAUAAAUAUGAAAUCCAAACAUGACAACUUGAAAAUUCAAACGGAUCAAAAGCUGGAAGAAAUGGAGAAGAAAAUUUGUAACAUGACUUCAGAAUUUAAGGCACAAGAGGGAGAGGAGAAUUCUGAAAUUGCCUCUCUUAAAAGACAAAUAUUAGAGUUACAAGAUCAUCUACAAACAGCAGAAGAAGAUGCAGAUGUCCACAAAAAGUUGUAUAAGGAACUAGAAAAAGAGCUUGUUGGAAAAAGUUCAGCAGUAGGAGAGUUGGAACAGAAAAAUGCUGAGAUACAGAAACUGCAACUUCAAUUGAAAGAAUAUGAGUAUGUGAAAGAAAAUUACUUAGAAUACCAGGAACAAGCAAAGACACAGGCUCGUAAAUUAUCCCAAUACAUUGACAUGGAGAAAGAAAAUCAAAAAUUGAGAGAAGAAAACCAGAGAAUCAAAGACGAAAUAAGGAACAAAUUGAUUUUGGAAGAGGAAGUCCACGAUUUGAAAAGUAGACUUGUGAAAUUCAAAGAACAGGAAUCAAAGUUUGCUUCAGUACAGAUGCAACUGGUGCAAGCAGAUAUGUAUUUGAAUGAAUGGAAAGCUGUGGCAAGAGGAAUUUUGGAAGAGUCUGAAGCUAACGAUACGGCUUUACCUCACUUACUAAGGUCGGCCGUUGAACGCCUUCAACAACAAGAGUUGAACUUAACAGAUGAAAAAGUCAACCUACAAUCUCAGUUGAACACUGCUCUACAUGAAGCCAAAGUAGCCAAAGAAGAAUUAGCGAAGAACCAGAAACUACUCACCAAAUUGAGUGGAACUGAUGAGCAGAAGAAAAACCUGAUCCAUCGUAUGCAGAAAAAAUUAUUAUUAGUCAGUAGGGAACGAGACAGCUACAGGCUUCAGUUAGAUUCGUACGAGAGAGAUUUGACGAUGACCGUAAACACCACAGCUUUGGGCAGCCAAGCAGCUAACCAAGUACAGGGUUUGAAAGAACGUGUUCAAGAGCUGGAAAAAAUCGUCAGCGAAUAUAGAGAUCUGGUGGCGAAAUUAGAAAAUGACAUUCAGUAUGCCGAAAGUGAAUUUGGUUCAGAUUUACCUCCGGUCAAAUUGGAACAAAUCUCAAGAUUACAGAACGAUCUGGAGCGUUUGAAACAGGAGAAUACACGUUUGAGGGAAAGGAAGGACCAAUUGGAAAUCCAACUCGAAGAAUACAUUGUUGGUAACGAUACUUUAAGAGGUGGUAAUGUUUAUCACCUUGCCAAUAAUCCCUUAACAGAGUGUAUCAACCAGAGAGAGGUCCUUAUAGACAAAUUACAAGAUGAGGUCGAUAGGCUCAAGAGAAAAGUAAAAAACAUGGAGGAAGGAAUGGAGAGCAGCAGAUUAGCUGAUAUCUCUAUGUCUACCAGAGAAGUGCAAUUGCUCAAAGAAGAAAUAAAAAGCAAGGAAGCUCAACAUAACCAAAUGAAAGACUAUUUUAAGUCGUCUAUACAAGAGUUCAGAGAUGUUGUAUAUAUGCUAUUAGGAUAUAAGAUUGACAGAAAUUCCAAGGCUUUGUAUAAAUUAACGAACAUGUACUCCGAAUGUGAAGAUGACAUUCUUUGCUUUCAAUUAAAAAAGGAUGGUUUAUUGCAAUUACUUGAGACCCCGUUUAGCUCUAGCUUAGAGAGUAUGAUAGAUCUUCAUCUUAGGCAGCAGAACUCUUUGCCCAAUUUUCUCAGUACUCUUACCUUGAAUUUAUAUUCCACCAGAACUAUGGUAACCGAACAAAUUGAGUAAUUAUUUGAAAUAAUAAUUCAAGCGUGUUCAUUUUGUAUAAUAAAAAUUUAAAUCGGUCAAUCCUACAUUUCUUGCAAAAUCUUCAUUCCUGCAGUUUUCAUGUCUAAAAUAGAAUUUGAGCAUUAUUUAAAUAGAAAUAACCAUCCUCAAAGAAUAAAAUCGAACUAUAAUUAA